CCCUUGCAUUUGUUGGGUUUGGCAUCAACAUCAGAUUCAAGUCUCAGAAAAGUCAUUCCUUUUCUCCUCAACUUCAAACCCAAUUUACCCAAAUGUCACACACAGCGCGAAACAAAUCAACCUAGUAUAGUAUUAGUAUCAGUAUUCCACCAUUCUUCUCUACCGCCAGACCUUGACUUCUCACUUCCAUUCCAUUUCCACCAUGUAAAAGCGACCCCUAAAACUCCCACAAAACCCAACUGCCACUUUCUCUUCUUUCCAUACCCAAACCCAUUUCCCCAAAUCCUUCCAAGAAUCAUGUCUAGCAACAGAGAAAGAGACGACCCUCUUUCCUUCAUCCCCACAAACCCAUCUUCUUCUUCUUCCCCUGUCUCCGUUUCUGACCCUCGUGAUAGUUUUCUCUCUGACCCAACUACCCACAUCGGAAGUGCUUCUGGAAGUUUCCAGAAUGAGGGCCUUCUCUCCGAUUUCACUCCCAACAUCAGCGAUGCUGAGUUUGGAUUCUCUCGCCCUGAGUUUCGCCAGACCCCACUUAUUGGGACUGUGGAUUUCUAUGACCGCCAUGUGUUCCUUUGUUACAAGAAUCCCCAGGUUUGGCCUCCUAGGAUUGAGGCUGCUGAGUUCGAUCGCCUCCCUAGGCUGCUCUCUGCGGCUGUAAUGUCGAGGAAGGGCGAUAUGAAGAAAGAAACCCGCUUGACCAUAUGUGAGGGGCAUGAUGGAACGGAGACAUCGAAUGGGGAUGUUUUGAUCUUCCCAGACAUGAUAAGAUAUAGGAGGUUGACCCAUUUUGAUGUUGACACAUUUGUUGAAGAAGUGCUUGUGAAGAACGGUGAGUGGCAGCCUGGAUCUCCUGAAGCACUGAAGGGUUCAUAUGUUUUCGUAUGUUGUCAUGGGUCCCGUGAUCGUCGGUGUGGGGUUUGUGGUCCUACCUUGGUCAGUCGGUUCCGAGAUGAGAUAAAAUUUCUUGGUCUUCAAAAUGAAAUAUCUGUUAGCCCAUGCUCGCAUAUUGGGGGCCACAAGUAUGCAGGAAAUGUCAUUAUAUAUGGAUCAAAUGCCAAUGGAGAAGUCACUGGGCAUUGGUAUGGAUAUGUUUCCCCUGAAGAUGUAUUUUUAUUGCUUCAGCAUCAUAUUUUGAAAGGGAAGAUUGUAGACGAACUUUGGAGGGGCCAGAUGGGUUUAUCUGAGGAAGAACAGAAGCUUAGCCUUGAAAGGAGACUUAGUGUAAUCAGUGGGACCAAUGGCCAUAAAAGCAAGGAAGAGCUGGCACAAAUCCAGACCAGCGAUCCAAACCCCGAUCAUUAUAGAUCCCAUGUCGAGGUUGCAGGCUGCUGUCAGGGAGAUGGAGAUGGUUAUUCCUCUUGCUGUCAGAAUCCCGAACUAUCAGGAACCUUAAUUGAUUCAGAUACAAACAACAGUCCUCCAAAUGUUGUUACUGCAAAGAGCAACAGAAAACUAACUUCACGCAGCAAUAGCAACAAAUCAUCCUCCCGUAAGGUUUGCGCGAUGCCAACAUGUCUUGAGAGCUGGGAGCGCGAAGAUACAUAUGCUGUUGCUGCUGUUAUCUGUGCCGCUGUGUCGGUUGCCUUUGCUUAUCGCUGCUACAAGCAGCUGUGAAAAUGUAAUGGGUGAAGAAGCUUCAAUCCAGAUUUUAAAUUUUGCUUGUGUUUUCGUGAUUUCGCGUUGUUCGUAGAUGAGCAAAAGAUAUAAGAAUUUAGGAUAAUCUUCUUUCUUUGGAGAUUUUAUAAACUUUGUGUAUGUCAACCAUAGUUGCAGAUGAAUGGAAAUUAAAUUGAGUUCUUUCUGUAUAAA